AUGGUGUCAUUUUGUGAAAAUUCUGUUUCUCGUCCUAAAUAUUUGGUUACUGCUUACCUGCAGGCAUGUGUUAAGAGAAUCCAAGGUGAUGAAAGUGGGCACAAGCAUUGCACUGGUCAAUAUUUUGAUUAUUGGUCUUGUAUUGAUAAAUGCGUUGCACCAUCGCUAUUCUCGAAACUGAAAUAACCAGGGCCAAUGUUGUG